AUGCAAAUGUACCAAGGUAAACGAUUGCUGACGCGAGAGGAAACGCUGGAAUUAUAUUUUAGCCUUCCUGACGACCCUACGUCGAGUGAUUCUGACAGAGAUACAGAUGAAGACUUCGCACCCGAGCUCGCUCCGCCCGAUUCAGAUGAGCAAAGCAGUGAAGCCGAAGCGGCGGGAUCAACAAGGAAACCACAAAAGCGAAAGGCUACCUAUUCAAGAAAGAAAAGGAGGGAGAAGAAAGUGCCUAGAAUUUGCGACGAAGCAGAAGUCGAAGAGGAGGAGGUUGGGGCAUGGAAUAGCAGCGAACCGGAUGCCGUCAUUCGUGUUCCAAAAAUUUGGGACCCACAAUACAGUGCAAAUCUCCCGACAACACCUUGUGAAGCUUUUGCUCUUUAUUUUGACGAAGGUAUCAUGAACACACUGGUGACUGAGACAAACCGCUUUGCCAAACAGAAAGGCCGACAGCUUUGGAAAGAGCUUACAAUUGAUGAACUCCAUGCAUACUUUGGCAUACUUCUGCUGAUGAGCACAAACCCCAGACAUCAAAUGUACCUGUACUGGAGCAGUGACAGUUUUUUCAAUUGUCCUGAAAUAUCAAAGGUUAUGUCGUUCCGUCGUUUUCAAGCCAUUAUGAACUGUUUGCACCUCACCGACCUAACCAAGGAAAAAAAGAAAGGUGAAGAAGGGUACGACAGAUUGGCAAGAGUGCGUCCUCUCAUUCUUGCACGGAAUGAAAGUUUCGAGAGACAAUACACUCCAUCAGCGCACCAAGCCAUUGAUGAGAGUAUGAUACGAUUCAAAGGCCGGUCCUCACUGAAGCAGUUCCUUCCAAUGAAACCUAUCAAGCGGGGAUACAAGGUGUGGUGCAGAGCCGACUCUCAGACAGGUUACCUGAUUGAAUUUCAGGUCUACGAAGGUGAAGGUGCAGACCGACCUGCGAACGUAGGUCUCGGUGAGCAUGUUGUGCUCUCCCUCAUUGACCGAGUAGAGGCUGGCACGCAGCUAUAUUUCGAUGACUUUUUCACGUCCACACGCCUAAUAGAGGCCUUGAAAGAAAAGAACAUUUUGGCCGCAGGAACGGUUUGCCCAAACCGCAAGGACUUACCUGACGAAAUCAAACGGGAUAACAAUCUAACAAGCUAA